GUACCAAAUGACAGGUGAUAAAGAUUUCCUGGCCAGAAAAAAAAAAAAAAAAACAGUUUCUGAUGCUCCUGGGAUGAAGAAAGCUCCUUUGUUAAAGAAACUGCUUAACAAAAGUGGGUCUAAUCCGGCUGAGAAUGAAACUGACCAGUUGGGCUCAAAUGAAGGGAGAGCAUUUAACAAUGAGGUUCGAAUCGGAAUCAAUGAACCAGAGGUGAUGCCUCACAGGAAUGCUGUUCGAGAAGAUGGGGGUUGUAUGGAUCAGAAGGUUAAUAAUGGUGCACCUGUUCAGGAUAUGGUUAUUUUUAGCGGCGGUGUUCAUCAUCAGAGGCAGCAGCAAAUUGAAAAUAGUGGGGCAGAUCAUGUUGUUAUCCAUAUUGAAGAAGGUGUGGUAGUUUGGGUUAUAGUACCUAACAUAAUCCCGAGGCUGAAUCUUGGAGCUGCGAACUUGGAACGCGCUUAUUCAUUGCUUUCUGUAGGAGGGAUCAUAACUCCAUUUCACAAUUUUAUGAACUUCUGGCAGGGCAAUGGUCAAGGAUUGAGGCAGCAGCUCUACAAUCUUAUUCUGAGGCAGCAGCAGAAUUAUAAUAUUGGUGCACAGGGUGAUAAUGAUUUUCACCAGCAACUAGUUCUGGACAUUAAAGAAGCAGAAGGAGGAGUGGUAGGUGGGGGUAGGAGGAUACCAAGGAUCAGAGUGGCAGGUGGUGCUAGGAGGAUACCAAGAAUGAUCCAUGUGAGGUUGAGCGGUGGAGAUGUGCCUGUCCAUUCCACUUACGCAUGGCUUUGUGAGAAAGGGCAAUCAAUUCCAUUCAAUGCUAGUGUGCAUUCAGCGUAUGGGUAUGGUCAACAAUCAAUCUGGUUUGAGGAGGGAGGGCUUCCUCCGGCUGUUAAACCUUUUGCACCAGAUACUGCAGACUUCCUCACCAAAUCAAGUCCUUAUUUCUGUCAGGGAUUGAUAUCACUGGUCGUAUUUUUCCUUGUUAGCUCACUACCGUACUUUUUCUUGAAGGGCUCAGGAGAAAUAAUUGGACCUAAAAAUGAUUCCAACGCCGACCCAUUUUAUUUCAGCAUGGUCAUAAUGUCUUCCACAGGAUACGGCGAUAUGUAUCCCAAAUCUACCCGUGCCAGACUGUUGACUUGCUUUUGGAUACUUUUUGGUGUUGGAAUUGUCGCUGGGCGAUUAAGUACCGUGUUUAACUGCUUAGCCAAUGCCUUUGGCAACCUGUUUUUUGGAUACAUGAUUCGUCGAUCUUCAGGUCAACUAAUAACUGAAAGGUCCAGGGCAAAAUACAAAGUUUGGUUCGCUGUGUUAGUGGUCGCCCUAUGCAUCGUUGUAGGUCUCUUUGGCUGCAAGUAUUUGGAAGGAAUGGACUGGCUGGAGUCCUUUUACUUGUCAGUGGUUACAGUAUCAUCAGUUGGUUUUGGAGAUCUGCACUUUAAUUCUUUAGCUGGAAAGGUUUUUGCGACUUUCUGGAUACCAGUAAGCACCAUUCUAGUUGGAAUUUCAUUUGGUUAUAUUUCAAAAUGUGGAUAUGGAAGCUUAAGAUGAAAUUGAAGGUGAUGUAUGAACAGAUGAACAGAUAUAUAGACUCAGAUGAUGUACUACAAAACAGAGGUAUAGACUGAUGCCUUUGAUUGAAGGUAUUGACAGUUGAUUUGAUAGAAUGUAUAGCUGAUGCUUAGGUGGAUGUAUGAACAGAUAUAUAGACUCAGAUGAUGUACUACAAACAGAGGUAUAGACUGAUGCCUUUGAUUGAAGGUAUAGACUGUUGAUUUGAGAU